CUGUGAACGCUAGUACUAUCUGUUCGAUACAUUGCUCUUGCUACCCAACCUCUACCUACCUGAUUAGUCGAAUCUCACAUUUACCUUCCAUCUAGACAGCUUAGUAAAAGCCCCCUGGAUGUUUAGAGCCGCCAUGACGCACCAACAACAGCAGGGACAUUGGCUAGACAAGUAUGCAACAGGGUAUGCUCCUUGGACGCUUUCGACUGCUCCAGAUGGGGGUCAGACAUUUAAGCGUCCUCUUGGGCUAGUGGAAACUUCUUUUGACGUAGAUGGCAUCUACUAUGGCGGUCGGGCAGACAUGAACACGCUCUUUACCCUGACCAUGCAGCACAAACUCCCACAAGACGAGCUCCGGCACAGAAUAGCAUCGGCUUGGGCUUGUCUUUGCCUGCAGCACCCUCUUCUUCUCGCCCGUGUGCAUGAGGAUCCAGAUACCGGGAUUCGUGGCUUCGCAGUGGAUAUUCCCUCUACGCCAGACGCCGCGGUCCAAGCUGUCAAGGACAACAUUGUGUGGAUCGAAGACGUGUACGAGAAAGUCAACGAGAAUGAACUCUACCACCAUGCCUUUAAUACGACCAGAAUCAUCGAGCCUAGGAAAUGCCUGGCGAAACUACUUGUCCUGCCCAUCGAGCGCAUGCCUGACGGGACCUUCUCCCUCCGCUUUCUCAUAGUCAUUGCGCACCAGAUCUCCGACGGUUUAUCAGCAUACAGUUGGUUCAGUCACUUUGUUCGCAUUCUCAAUCAGCCACGCCAGGAUAUUCUCGCGGACAUGGAGGCGUUCGGAAAGGCAGACAAGAUGAAAGCGAUUCUACCAGCAGCGCAAGAAGACUUGUACCCACGCAUUGCCGGGAACAAGGCAAGGCAACGCUGGUUCUGGGCUUUGAUCCGCGUGCUGCGCCACGUGAAAAAGGAGUUGCCGCCGACAUUUACGAAUCCCCUUCGCCGGGAGCAAAGAUUAGAGGAGCCGGUGCCGUUGGAGCCAAAGUUUGACAAGAUUUUCGAUUAUAGCCCCGCGACACGACCCCCAAUGUCGUGUGGACACAUCAGUGCCUCGCUCUCUGCUGCUGCCUCAUCCCAGCUCAUCUCGCUCUGCCGCUCCGCUCAAGUGUCUGUAGGCGCAGGCUGCUUUGCGCUCGUUGGACUCGCCAUGAUGUCAAUCCACGAAACGCUGCAUCCCUCGUCUCAAUACCCGUCGUUUGCAACGUCGUUCCCACUAAACCCACGCGGCUUCUUCGCAAACCCACCGCCUACAGACUCAUGCAUGCUGGCUUUUUGCGAAGGCAUCGUCAUGCCUUUUCUCACUUCGGACCUACCGGCCCAAGCACGAUUCAAGCUGGCCGCCAAGCACGCGAACCGCGAACUGAGAGUGUACCAGAAGCGCUUGAAGGGCAAAGACAUGACAAGGGGUACCGCAGGGAUCCUGGACAAGCACUCACCAGGCCGCCUCCUAGCCACGGGCUACAUUGCGCAAAUGGAGCCAACGUGCGGUAUUUCGUCCAUGGGUCCUCUUGCAGCCUUAUUCCAGCGCGGGGCCUACAACCUCCAGGAGCUGGGGGAUAGGGACUUUGCAGCCGAGUUUCGGAAUGUGAGGAUGGGGGUGAGGGCGAGGGAGAAUGAGUUUCUGGUGGGCAGCUGGACGAGCGUAGAGGGCAUUGUCGAGUUUGGCGUGAGCUAUGAUUUGAAUGCUAUUAGCGAGGAGAGGGCGGAAUGGUGGAAGAGGACGAUUGAAGGGAUUGAUCUGAUGUAG